CCCGGCCGGCGGCUGGCUGAUGAGGAGCGCGCGCCCUGCUCCCGGCUUUGCCCACCCCAGGGUCGUCGGCGCUGCCCCCGUCCCGCGUCAGCGAGCCUGCCCUGCAUGCUGAAGAAAAUGGGAGAGGCGGUAGCGAGGGUAGCGAGGAAGGUGAACGAGACGGUGGAGAGCGGGUCGGACACUCUGGACUUGGCGGACUGCAGGCUGGUGUCCUUCCCCAUCGGCCUCUACAAGGUCCUGUGUAACGUCACCCAGGGCAUCCGCCUCAUCACGCUGGCGAACAACGAGCUCAAGUCCCUCACCAGCAAGUUCAUCACCACCUUCAGCCAGCUCAGAGAGCUCCGCCUGGAAGGGAACUAUCUGCAUCAUCUGCCUGACGAGGUCAGGACCUUGCUGCACCUUCAGGCCAUCGACCUGUCCAGGAACAAGUUCCGCGACUUCCCCGAGCAGCUCACGGCCCUGCAGGCUCUAGAAACGAUCAACCUGGAGGAGAACGAGAUCAUCGAUGUCCCCGUGGAAAAGCUGGCCACCAUGGAGUCCCUGAAGAGCGUCAACCUCAAGUUCAACCCCUUGAAUGCCGAGGUCCGCGUGAUUGCCCGCCCGCUGAUCAAGUUCGACCUCCUGAUGUCUCCAGAGGGUGCCCAAGCGGCCCCCCGGCCCUGAGAAGCCUCAGGGCAAGCCGCUUGCUGCUACCCCAGCUUUGGGAUGGGUGGGCUGGCCUCGACUGGGACCUGGGCCCCAGCCAGCCCCCGAAUGCCCCAGAGUUUUGUGUGCCUUGUGUGUCGGGGGAGGGUGUGAGGCAGGGUGGGAACCGAGGGGAAGGGUAUCAUCUUUAGGGGAUAGAUGGUGGGGAGAGGCCGUGGCACCCCCCAGAACCGUCCCUGCGGAGCAAAGGCGGUCGAUGCGGUGGGGGCUGGAGGCUGAGGCUCUGGGGUCACCACCCGGGCCCGCCAUAGACUCUCCCUGCCUCUCCCUCAGGCCCGACUAGGCAGAAAAUCAGGGAGAAGAUGAUUUCCUUGGGUCCUCUCGGACCAGGGCAGCUCUGCGAAUGGUACAUGCAUCAGCUUCAAACCUGCAGCAUCGUCAACUCCAUGUGGGCUCCCGGAAGGAAUUGGGGUCGCUGGCCUCGAACCGAGAGGUCAUCACGGACGGGAGCAGAGAGUCGGGGAAUAAAGAAACCCGUCUCCUACUUGUUGCAUCUAGAGAGCUUCAUGCUUUGAGAAACAAGACCAGCGUGAACCAGUUGUCCGCAGCCUACGGCCAUCACAAAGCGGCCGAAGAGGUAGACUUUGUUUGCCCCGGAUUGGAGGCAGAGCUGAGCCUGUUUAAGUAGCCCAGCCUGGCUACCCCACAGCAGGUCCCUGCUGAGUUGGCACUGUGUAGGGAGCUGCUCAGGGAGGGAACAGGGAGCGUGGGAGGUGGAGGGAGUUGUAACAAUUGUAGAAUCUGCUGGGAAAAGAAGGGUGUCAUCCCCUUUUCAUUCAUUCAUUCAAUCGUAUUUAUUGAGCACUUAUUGCGUGUGAAGCACUGUACUAAGUGCUUGGGA